AUGGACCAGAGAUUUACUUCACCGGCCCUAGUGAUUUGCAGCAUCUCUAGACAAGCCGCUAUAUUUAAUUUCGGCUGGAGACAUAUCGGGAAUGGAGUGAAACGGAGGGUAUGGCUUACCUGUGGGAGAAAUGGUGUGCGGGUGCAAAAUCUUACCCUUAUUGGUCGGCGUGAUCAUAGCCAUCACCGCGUAUUCUAA